AUGCAUUUGAGAAUAAAAAACGAUUUCACUUCAGAAACACUUAAACUGGAUUUUUAAUAAUCAACUAACUCAAAAAUUUUAAAGUCAGAGUAGAAUUUUAUGUAAUCCUUCUAAACAUAAAUUUGUCCAGAGAUUCUUUUAGAAUGUAAAACUGAUAGAUCAUUUUCACCAAAAACAAAGAGAAAUUAAAAAAGGUAUCUAACAAAGUCAUAGUAAAUUUGGUUUAAUGAAGAUGAUUAAGAAUUUGAGGAGUAUUCAAUUUGGGGAGAUUGUGAACAAUUACCUGUUGGUAAUAAUAAAGAAAAUACAUUAAUCUCAUUUUUAGAGUUAUAUAAGUAUAGAUAUGAAAGGACUACAAAAAGACCUGUGUCUAGUUAUAAUGUUAUUUAAAUAACAAAAAGGUAAAUACAUAUAGUAAUAAUUAGACUUAUUAACAGACAUUCUACUUCUAAAAUAAAAUAUUUUGGAAUAAAUAAAUUAUAAUGGAUUGAUUUUAGAGAUUGGAGUAAAUGA